AACUCCGGGGAAUUGUAAACCAAACCUAAAGCCACUGAACCUUUGGAGUUUGGUAUGAUGAUUAGAACAUAACCGGAGGGACACGCUGAAUUCGCCACAAUCAAGGAAACCUUUUCCGGGUGGGGAUCUCUGAAAUUACUCAGUGAGCAACCCUAAUUAAACCUGAUUUUUUGCUGAUAAUCACUCUCAAUGGAAUCAAAUCACAAAUCCGGGGAUGGAUUGAGCGGCACCCAGAAGGAAGCAGCCCUCCGCGCACUGAUCCAGCGUACAGGAUAUAGCUUGGUCCAGGAGAACGGACAAAGAAAGUAUGGUGGCCCUCCACCUGGCUGGGACGCUGCACCCCCGGAAAGAGGCUGUGAAAUUUUCAUUGGAAAACUUCCCCGGGAUCUUUUUGAGGAUGAGCUUAUACCAAUAUGUGAAAAAAUUGGUAAAAUUUAUGAAAUGAGAAUGAUGAUGGACUUUAAUGGAAACAAUAGAGGAUAUGCAUUUGUAACAUUCUCAAAUAAACUGGAAGCCAAGAAUGCAAUCAAGCAACUUAAUAAUUAUGAGAUUAGGAACGGCCGUCUCUUAGGGGUUUGUGCCAGCGUGGACAACUGCAGACUGUUUGUUGGUGGGAUCCCAAAAACCAAAAAGAGAGAAGAAAUCUUAUUGGAGAUGAAGAAGGUCACCGAAGGCGUGGUUGAUGUCAUUGUUUACCCAAGUGCUGCGGAUAAAACCAAAAACCGGGGCUUUGCCUUUGUGGAGUAUGAGAGUCACCGGGCAGCUGCCAUGGCGAGGAGGAAACUGCUACCAGGAAGGAUUCAGUUAUGGGGACAUCCUAUUGCAGUAGAUUGGGCAGAGCCAGAAGUAGAAGUUGAUGAAGACACGAUGUCAUUAGUGAAAAUCUUGUACGUAAGAAAUCUGAUGCUAUCUACCUCAGAAGAGAUGAUUGAAAAGGAAUUCAACAAUGUUAAACCAGGAGCUGUGGAGAGGGUGAAGAAAAUCCGAGACUAUGCUUUUGUGCAUUUUAGUCACCGAGAAGAUGCAGUGGAGGCUAUGAAAGCUUUAAAUGGAAAGGUGCUGGACGGUUCUCCUAUUGAAGUGACCCUAGCCAAACCAGUGGACAAGGACAGUUAUGUUAGGUACACCCGAGGCACAGGUGGAAGGGCCACCAUGCUGCAAGGAGACUACACCUACUCUCUGGGCCAUGUUUAUGAUCCCACCGCAGCCUACCUUGGAGCUCCUGUCUUCUAUGCCCCCCAGGCCUAUGCGGCGAUUCCCAGUCUUCACUUCCCAGCCACCAAAGGACACCUCAGCAACAGAGCCAUUAUUCGAGCCCCUUCUGUUAGAGAAAUUUACAUGAAUGUACCUGUAGGGGCUGCGGGAGUGAGAGGACUGGGCGGCCGCGGCUAUUUGGCAUACACAGGCUUGGGUCGUGGAUACCAGGUGAAAGGAGACAAGAGAGAAGACAAACUCUAUGACAUUUUACCUGGGAUGGAGCUCACCCCAAUGAAUCCUGUCACUUUAAAACCUCAGGGAAUUAAACUUGCUCCCCAGAUAUUAGAGGAAAUAUGUCAGAAAAAUAACUGGGGGCAGCCUGUGUACCAGCUUCACUCUGCCAUCGGACAAGACCAAAGGCAGCUCUUCUUGUACAAAAUCACCAUCCCUGCCCUGGCCAACCAGAACCCGGCAAUCCACCCUUUCACGCCGCCCAAGUUAAGUGCCUAUGUGGAUGAAGCAAAGAACUAUGCGGCCGAGUACACGCUGCAGAGCCUGGGUAUCCCCACUGAUGGAGGAGACGCUGGGACCGCCGCUGCCGCAGCUGCCGCCUCUGCUACUGUUUUCCCAGGAUAUGCUGUCCCUAACGCCACCGCACCUAUGUCUGCAGCCCAACUCAAGCAAGCAGUGACACUUGGACAAGACUUAGCAGCGUACACAGCCUAUGAGGUCUACCCUACUUUUGCAGUGACUGCUCGAGGGGAUGCCUAUGGAGCCUUCUGAAGAUCUCUUUCUUCUAAUUUAAGAAUAAGACAUAAAACUCUAAAGAGAAGAAAUAAACCUCUAACGUAGUCCCCUAGUGAUGUCAUGCCUUUCCUGAAGCAUGCUUUCCUGAGACUGUACAGCAUAUACUCACUGUGUAGAAUUGUGAAAUGAGAAUGGUAGCCCUAAAGGAAAUCAAUGUGAAGGGGCCUUUUGGUCCUUCCUGUCCCCUGCAGUGCCUGAGGAAUUCCUAGAAAUUGAUAUGAGGUUUUGCAGACAUGGUUAAAACAAAUCUAGGCCCCAUAUUUACUCAAUUCAUUAGCCCACACUUAUUACCACACCCUUACCAAUGAUCCCCACAACACAACCGCAUGAACACAAAAUAACUUUUUCUCAUUUUAAAAAUUUAGACUUGUCCACACUGAUCUACUUUCAUUUCAGACUCACUCAGCUCAUCUCUAAAAUCAUAAAAAGUUAAGUCAGGUCUGGAGAAAAUCCUUUAGGAUACUUUUCCCUUCUUAGCUAAUUGUUUGAGAAGUCCUUUCAACAAGAGAAGUUGAAGAUUUGCCCUUAUUUCUUUGGUCAAAAUCCUGGACCACUACCCAGCAUUCAGAGUCAGUUAAUGAAUAUUAACUUGACCUUAGCCUUGGCUUUUCUCACUCUCCUACAUUAACUCUGCCAAGAAAGCCUCUACCUUCCUUUAAAACAAACUUGUAGUAUCAGACAGCUGAACCAUACCUGAGUCCAUUUGUCUUGAAGAUGUCACAAGUAGACCUUGCCUCCAUCACUGCUGAUUACAAACUGUUUCUUCAUAAACAGCAAAGGUGCUAUUUGCACAAAUCCCCUAGAAUCUUGGAUUCUUCUACAGGCACACUUGAUGGUGGUUAGGGUAGGAGUAGAGUGGGACAGAUCCAGAAGAGAGGUGAAAAGAACCCACUACUUUCUUGCCAAAUUUUUAAUGAUUGUUUUGUUCCAAAGUCCAAUGGUAAAUACCUUGACUACUGUUCCAGUUUCAUCAGGGGUUUAAGAGUCAUAAUACUAGAAUUUUCAUUUAAAAAGAAAAUUCUUUGACACUUAUAAAAUUCUACAGGACUCAAAGGAAAACAUAACACAAAGGUGUUGAAAGUUUGGUCAGUUCUUUUUUUUUUUUUUUUUUUUUUAACUUUUAUUUAAUGCAUAUAAUUUUCCAAAGUUCUUUAAUGGAGUUCUGUGAUACAAACUCAGGCCAGAUUCCAAUCAACAUCAGGUAAAUUUCUAUCACGUAAAAGUCCUUGUAACCUUUCAGUUCUGUUAGCUCCAGUCAGGUAUCCAAAGCUCCAAACAUGAAGUUGAAGUUCUUGAAAGGCUCUGUGCUUUCUGUUUUGCAUUUAGCUCCUCACGUGCCCGUGGACAGUGGUUUCCAAAUCUAGCUGCAUAUUAGAAACACCUAGAGAGCUUUUAAAAAUUCUAAUACCAAGAUCUCACCUCAUACCAAUUACGUCAGACUGUUUUGGAAUGGAAGCCUGGCACCAGUAGUCCUUAAAAAUCCCCAGAUGAUUUCAAUAUGCAGCUAAGUUUGGGAACGGCUAUGUUCUUUGUAUUUCUAAGCUAUCCUUUUUUUUUUUCCUUUUUUCCUUCACUGGAUUUAGUAGAAAAUGUAAGAAAAAAGUCAAAGUUAAAGAGCCAGAUCUUAUUUUUUCACACAUAUUCAUCUCAUAAACAGUAUAAAUUUGAACAUAAUUCACAUUGACUUCAAACUGAGACUUGGGCCAAAAUAACUCUACAAUGAGAAGUAAAACAUUCCUUCUAAAGCAAUUCUUAGAUUCAGAUUUUUCACUCCCCACCCCCACCAGUCCUGCUUUCAUUCUCAAAAAGAGUAAUUACAUUGACAUAGCACAUUUCCUUUGGAGCAAGCAAGUUCUGCUCAGCCUAAAAAAAGCAUUCCAAAUUCCAAGAGAGAAGUUCUGAUUUCCCUUAGAAUCCUUGAAAUUAAAUAGCAAAAAGUAAUCUGCAUGUCUUGUCAACCCAAAGUACAAGGCUUAGCUCAGAGAAGUUUGAAGUUUAAUCAAAAUGAAGAUAUAUAAUUAGUUAAUUCAGAAAUCUCCUUAUGAGAAAAACCAUUAUUCCAGAGAAAGUCACUUUUUGAAAUGAUUGAGAUCUGAACUUAGAUGAAUACCAAAGUGUUAAGAAAAUUAUCACUGAACUCUAUCUCAUUGCUUAUAAAAAAAAUACAGCACAAGUAUUUGUGACAUUUACCUUCUUAGAAUUGAUUUUAUACAAGUUGCAUCAAUGUGGUUUGCUUUUGGAUCAAAUUUUACUUUUUAGAAAUAUCUAGAGAACACUCUGAGUUCUAUUAGACUAUAUUCAUGGAAAGGCUCAAUUUGCCUACCUCACCCUAUGUUUGUUCUUACUUUCCCCAAAAUAAGUCCUGCUCUACACUGAAGAUAGUAACAAAAAUGGCUUUUUAAAAUUGAAUAUGGAACCAAAGGUAAUUUUACGUAUUGUUUCUGUUUUUAGACUUGAGAAAUUAGCACCUCUUUAGCAUCUUCAUAAUCUCUGCAUCAUUACCCCUUUUGCUGUUAUUUCUGACUCCGUUGCUUCCUAAUUCUUCAUAGGAAAAAUUAAAAUUAGUCAACCAAAUGAUAACAAAAUAACCUAACCAAUACUUUGGAAACAUGUAAUAAAUUAGAAUUAGGUUUCUAACUGUUGAUACUUAACAACACAUUGUUCACCAAAACCAGCGUGGUGCUAAGUGGUGCUAAGACGGGAGGACAUGGAACAGCAAUGAGACUGGGUAUUUACACUUCCUCCCUGGAAGGCUGCUGCCUGCAUACUGCUCUUCUCUCUCAUUCCACCAGGAGAGCUAGAAGAGCAUUUUCACCUGGAGCAACAUGGGAUUCUCCUGGAUGACGGGGCUGUUCUCCAAUCUGUGUCACACCAAACCACACUGUUUGGGUAACAGCACCCAAAAUGUUGCUGGAAAACUACCUCAUAUACUGACAAAAUAUGAGCUUCAAAAUAUGUUUAACAAAUGAGGACCUACUUCCAAACCACAAUUCCUCAAUUUUUUAAAGGUGGAAUGGAAAUGAAAUUAUAGCUACGUAUUGAUAAUAGCUAUACAGAAAAUUAGUUUUUGUUUUACUUAAAGUUUUUUUUAAUUAUUACAAUUACAUAGUGCUUCAAUAUAAUUUUAAUUCUGCCUGACCAAGUAGGCAUAGACUCCACAUAGACAAGGAGAUUAUUCAGGGUGCCAUUUGUAGAAUAAAGGUCAAUAAAGCAAGUUAAUAUUUUGAAUAAGUUGUCUUUACAUUUAAAACUACAAAGUUUGAUAAAAUUCAUUACUCUACAACUUCUGUCCUACCUAAUACGUCCUAAAAGUAGCUUACAAUGAAAAGUGAACAAUGUGCCCAAUAUUUACCUAGAGAGCCAUUACCAUUUUUCUUCUUCUGACAUUCAAAUGAAGGUUCCUAGGGAGGAUGAAAAUGUAUCUAGAAAUUAACCUGCAGACUUGGUACUUUUUUGGAUAUACAGCUUUUAAAUGCUGUAAAUACAUCUGUUGAAGGGGAAAUGAAGUUUCAAAUAUAACACUGUAAUGGAACUUUAUGAAAAAUUCCUGCAGAAGCAAAUAUUAAUAGCAUAAUUUGGGGAUUUUAGAUGCUUUUUGGAAGAUGGAGCAAAACUAGGUAACAAACAUUCCCACCUGGCAUGCAACCAUUGUCAACUGGAUUUUGUUAAACUGAUGGUCAAAUCUGAUGUUGAAAUUUUACUUCAUUCUAAUAACAUCUUGAAAAUGCUCUGAGUUUUACUAGAAUAUAUACUCAGAAAGUGUAAUGUAUCCACCAGACUGUGUUCUUAUUUGCCAACAUGAAGACAAAGCAAAGCAGGUCUUACUGUAGCAAGUGAAGCUAUUAAGAAAUCGAGUUUUUUUUUUUCUCUGAUUCCCAUACUCUAUUUCUUCACUUACAGAGUAAAACAUUAAAAAUUUUUUAUUAAGUAAAAAGUGAGUAGAGUAUAACUUGUCCUAUUACUCCCAAAAGGUUUGACAUUUUGAAAAGCCAGAUUUUUCUUACAGUAUUUAUACAGAAAGUAGAAUGCAUAGGUUUAAUAUUGAAGCAAUGCAAUCAUUACAUAGGAGACUGAAACCUUAUACUUCCUUGGUUCUUCUCCUUUGGAUUAGAAAGAUAAAAGAAAAAUUUUGACUCUAGCUAGUAAGGGAAAGAAGUUCACAACCAAUCUGAAAGGAAAAAUAAUUUGGAAACCAAAAGCCUUCAUUCAUUGAGACAUACCUGGAAUAAAAUGCGGAGCACAUGUGCAUUUACCUCUCCCUACAGACUCCUCUUCUGAAAGACAGAGAGGAUGCGUCUUGUUCUCCCUUUACAUACACUUCUUUGUCUAAGAGAAGGGCAGAUCCCAAGCAAAAGCACCUUAAAAAGAAAAAAAGUAAGUCCCCAUGAGAACUUUAUGGAGACUGAAGACGGUCAGCACCAUUGAGGGCUUGGUAACGUCUUUCUGGGGUGGCAGUACAUCCUGGUUUUCCAGGACAGUCCUGCCUGAACUUCCGUUGUCUCACUAUAAAUAUUAACCAUGAAUCUUUUUACUCUCCAAUUUGUUCCAGGUUAGACAACAAAUUAUACAGUGACACGUCUCCCCCACCUUUAUGGAUUUUUCUUCCAAUUUGAAGAAUUGCCCCCUCCAAAGCAGAUACAGCUUAAACUAAAGAGCCCAGAUGCAUAUUUCAGACUGGGGUAGGAUCAUAGUGAACACAGAGGAAUGCGCUGCCUUUUCUUCCAACAUCACCUUCAAUCCACUCUCCUUUCCAGCUGGCCCUCCACUUAGCUCAUUUCUGGUCCUAGUUUUCCUCUCACUUCUUGGUCUUGGGCUCUACCUUCAAUUGGCAGAGCUAGUAGUUUCUGCGCCAGAUUGGACAGGGGACAAGAAGAAAGACAGCUCUUGGGAGUGCUUUCUUGGCCCAUCAAAAAUCCACAGGGCACGAAUACAGAAUUAGAGUAUUUGCUGAUGUCUCUCUUCCUUGAGUGAAGGAACUGACUACGUAUUCUCCAAAGCAAGAAAAUAUUCUAUGCAAACCUUCACCUGAAAAAGAAUUUUGUCUUUUCCCUGCUUCUGCUUCACAAAUUUCUUCAAACCAUAAACCUCUUGCACCUAAAUUUAUUAUGAUAAUCUAUCAACUAUUCUUCACCAAAAAUUCUCACAGUCCUAUUUUAAAAUUUUAUUAUUUUAAUGGAAAAAUAACAUUAACGGGUCAGUUUCCUCCUUAUAGAAUUUUCUUUUUACUCUUCUUUUAUUAAAUAAGUUUAUAGGUUGUAUAGCUAUUCACUCACAAACCUAUUCUUCAAAGAAUGCAUGAUUUGUCUGAGCUUCCCAUGUACCUACUCUCAUGCCAGAAACUGUGAAUACAAAUACGUACAAAUGUACUUGAAAAUUUUCAUGGAAAAUGUUUUAGUGCAAAAAAAAAAUCUUGAAACCCAUUCAUAGCUUUUCUAUAAUGUGCAUUUCCAUGGAUUUUUGAGACAUCAUGUUUCUCCUUCCUUACCUUAGUGGGGCACAUGGUCUAGUGAACCAUGUAAAUUUUUUCAAAACUGGGCAUAAUUUCAUGAGCUCAUAGGCUUCACCACUUAGAACCCCAAUUCAACUCUGACUGAAACCUCAGGUUUCCACUAUUAUUGUCAAACACUGAAUUGGUACAAUCCUUUCAGAAUGACUUAAAGACGGAUUUGAUGAUGAAUUUAAAACUUGAACUACUAUUGUCAUUUAGGUAAAAUGAGUUCUCAAAUAACUCCUCCCAGGAGAAAUAUAAGGGACUAGACUACACAAAAAUUGGAGGAGAAGAAGGUUUAGUUAGACAUCCAAAAGGAGUUUCAAACAUGGAAUUGAAGAAUUCAUGUAAUGACUUUUAAUGUUAAUGAGUGGGCAACCAUACUUUUAAUUUACUUGACAACAUUUUGAUCAUUAGCUAGUUCUGUUUUCCGAAUAUAUUUGUCUUUGUAGAAUCUACUUAACAAGCCUUAUCCAUAGCUAUCUGUUCUCACAGUAAAUGACUUGCAACGAAAUAUAUGUACUUUUUUUACAACUGUCAAAUUUGGCAUUUUCUGUUCUAAUUCCUAAGAUAUUUUUGGGCUCACAGAUUUCAGAGAAAUCCACUUAAAUGAAUCAUCAUUACCACUGGUUUAGAUAUUUAAUAGAAUUGUAUUUUUUCUCCCUAUUCUUUCAUGGAAUUCUUUUCUUUACCCUAUUUUUCUGAUAGCAAAAUAGCAAGACAUUAUUAUCCCCUAUUAUUAUCCCCCAUCUCUUCCUGCAAGCCAAGCUAUCAGCAAAAAUGCAUUUACAGUUCCAGUUGUUAAAAAAUCUCUUGCUUCUUUUCCUUUUUGUUAUUAUUUUUAUUUAUGUGAAAUUAGCUAGCUAAGGUACCAGUGAGAAAAAAAACAGUAUUAAAUAAUGUGCAUAAAGCAUGUAUUUUUGUACUUUGAGUACAAUGUUUUAUAGAACUCUGUGGUCUAACGAUGUUAAAUAAAAUUGUACCACUCACUUAUUGGGAAAAUAAUCACUAGUUUGGAUGAUAUGAACAAAAUAGGCACUUUAGAAUCACAAAUCACACGAAAGGAGAAUGCAAUGCUGUGUAAUUCCAGGAUGAUGAUAUGAUUUUAAUGGAAUCUGCAAGUACCAUUAUAAAGUUUUACAAACCACCAA